UGUUUAUCCAUAAAAGUGAAUUUUUCAUUCAUCAGAUCCGAUAAUUACACCCAAGAUCCAAUCACCCAACAAAAGAUUUGCAAUUGCAAGCAUGGGAAUGGGUAAUUUUCAAAGGGAUCAUUCACAUCCACCUUGCAUCAGUGAAUGCAAACAGUUUCCCGCUGCAAUUAUUAUAUUGCCACUUCUGCAACCCAUUAGCAAUCACGAUAAAUUUCUAAAUUCCAGCAGAUACCCUUUUUAUAGGGCAUCCCUCUUUGAUUCUUGAGUCCCUUUUUAAGCAGAAAAGCAAUGGCUUUUUCAGAUCAGAGCCUCUUUCAUUACACCCUCCUUACUUUCUACCUCAUAGGACCCCCUACCUUCAUCUCCUUGAGGUUCCUCCAAGCCCCAUAUGGCAAGCAUAACCGCCCUGGCUGGGGUCCCACUCUCUCCCCUCCCUUUGCUUGGUUCCUCAUGGAGAGCCCCACUCUCUGGCUCACCCUUCUACUCUUUCCCUUUGGUCAGCAUGCCACCAAUUCCAAAGCACUGAUUCUUAUGUCUCCUUUUCUCAUCCACUAUUUCCACCGUACCUGUAUCUACCCUCUUCGCCUGAGUAAUACUCAGCGGAACACCAAAACAGCUAGUGGUUUUCCGGUGACUGUGGCCCUGAUGGGUUUUGGGUUUAACUUAUUGAAUGCUUACUUGCAAGCCAGGUGGGUGUCUCACUACAAGGAGAGUUAUCACAACGAUGGGUGGUUCUGGUGGAAGCUUUUGGGUGGGCUAUUGGUAUUUUUGUGGGGUAUGUGGAUUAAUAUAUGGUCUGAUAGGGUUUUGGUAGGCUUAAGGAGAGAGGGUGGCGGGUACAAGGUGCCAAGAGGAGGAUGUUUUGAGCUGGUGAGCUGUGCCAACUACUUUGGGGAGAUUGUGGAGUGGCUUGGGUGGAGUGUGAUGACAUGGUCCUGGGUUGGGUUUGGUUUUUUUCUCUACACGUGUGCCAACCUGAUGCCUAGGGCUCUUGCUAACCAUAACUGGUAUCUGGACAAGUUUGGAGAAGAUUAUCCCAAGGGUAGAAAAGCUGUUAUCCCUUUCUUGUAUUGAAUCCAAUUUCUUUAUCAUGUUUGAUGCACCAAAGAUAUGGAAUUGAAUUUUAAUUGUUGGUAUCUGUAGUUAUUAUUCCCGAGUAAAGGAAAUUGUUGAUUAUGAA